AUGGCGACGGCAAACGCGGAUUCGUCCAAAAGCAUCAUCAAGGAGGAUGUGGAGCCACGGGCAAUAAAGAACAAGGGGACGCUGGAGUUUGCGCUGCGACCGUACCGCAUCCCGGCAGAGGUUCUUCGAGAGAAGCACGAGGCGGUGCUGGGGAUGAUCACCAUCUUUUUGGGGGGGCGUCUCAAAUCGGGGGCAGAAAGCCGGCCAGUUUUGUAUCCCACGCAUGCUCGUCAUCAGAAGUCGAUCCACCCCGAACACCGCUGCUAG